GUUUUCGGACCUGCAUUACACUACCGGGACAGACAGCAGCCGCAACCGGGACUCGCGUCUACCUGGACUCUUUAUUAUUAUUAUUGUUGAUUAUCUAUUUAUUAUUAUUAUUAUUAUUAUCACAUGAGAGACAUGAUGAUGAACGGCGGGACCAGAAGUCUGUGCACGGUGGAGGACAUCCGAAAACAACAAUAUGACAAGGAGCGGUGCAGGCGACUGCGACUCACACUGCACGACCAGAACCAAGCGACUCGCAGUUCAGAGCAGCAGCAAAGAGAUAAGCCUGUCGGACGUGCGUUUGCACUGGUGCAGCCCCCCAACGAGAGGACGCUUUUGCCGCCAGAACCAAUCAAAUCUACAGAAGAGCAAGUAGAGGUCAUCAAGGUGUAUCUGGAGGCCCGCAGAGAAGAGUCUCAUAAACAGAACCAGAGUCUGAAGAUGCUGUCAGAUGAGGUUUCCCAGAUACAAGAGGUGCGCUACUGCCUGAAAACACUGAGGGAGCAGAUGGCGUCGAAAAAUAAGAUUCACACUAACGGGUGGAAGGUCUCAUCUCCAUUCAAGAAAAUGACCUCUUCUCGCCAAAAAGGCGGAACCAAAAGUGAUGGUCAGGAGGCGGACGACGAGGCGGAGAGGGCCAAGCUGAGAGAAGUCAGCAAGCGUCUGUAUGCGCAGCUGCAAGACGCUGAGAAGAAGCACCAGGAGGAGAGAGAGAGGCUGCAGGCUGAAGGCGACAUGCUGAGGGAGCGUCUGAGCGACCAGGAGGACAAGCUGAAAAGCACGAAGGAAGACGUCGAGAAGAAGGACCAGCGCAUCGACGAGCUCCAGAGGUUACUGGGGGGCAUGGAGAAGGAGAGCGCCACCUUGAAGGAGAGCAUUCGCGAACGGGAGGAGGAACUGCGUGAGCUACGCCACAUCAGAGAGGAGGGCCCCGAGGGAGAGCAGAGGGCAGAGCAGUUGGAAAAAGAAGUUGCCAUUCUCAAAGAGAAGAUUCACCAUCUGGAUGACAUGCUUAAAAGCCAGCAGAGGAAAGUCAGACACAUGAUUGAACAGCUUCAGAACUCUCGCAUGGUGAUCCAAGAGCGGGAUCGCAUCAUCAAAGAGCUGGAGGAGAAAGUGGCUUUCCUGGAAGCCGAGAACCGAGAGAUGCACGACAAAAUGGAUUACUUCAUGGGAGGACAGAAGAGCAAUUCUUACCUUUCAUCGGAGCGUAACCCACAAAUUGUAUACAGUAAACCGUUCAAGCUGUCCACCUCCUCCAACAAGCCGCUCCCAUUCAUCAAGGUCAUCGAGAUCAAGUCUUGAGUCUCGGGAGAAGCACCAAAGCGUUUUUUUGUAUGUGGACUGAAACUCUGAUAGACCACCUCGUGUUCACACCGGAAUAUCCGAGCUGAGCUUUUACUAUGAUUUGCGCUCUUGAAGGAUGCGCUGCACUCUUUAUCCCGUACAGUACUUUUAAAUGUUUAAUGUACGCAAAGGGCAACAGGCUUUAAUGUAGAUGGUAAGACUGUUUACAAACAGUAAUGUAGCAUCAAUCUUAUCUGCAUCUUCCAUGUCACCAAUCACUUUUGAGUGUGUAGCAUGAAACUUGACUAUAGAGGCUAUUUAAGUUUUGCAUAUGUAAAAUAACCGCAUAGUUUGAAGUAAGCACUUAAUGAAACUGCAGGAAUUGAAGCUGCUUCAUAAAAGUCAUUUGUUUCCCCUUUUCAUCAUUUCAGUUUGUUGUCAUGAUGUAAAUGUGUUCUCUUGAAUGUCCUUUCAAGUUUAAAUUUUCUCAAAGCUUUCUACUUUAUAUUUAUUUAUAUUAUUAAACCGUUUUGACUAA